AUGUCUUGUAAUAAUGGCAUGUCUUUUUUCCCUUCAAAUUUCAUGAUCCAAACCUCUUACGAAGACGAUCAUCCUCAUCAAUCUCCUUCUCUUGCUCCUCUCCUUCCUUCUUGCUCUCUACCUCAAGAUCUCCAUGGGUUUGCUUCGUUUCUAGGUAAGAGAUCUCCAAUGGAAGGGUGUUUUGAUUUAGAACAAGGGAACAAUAUGAAUGGAGGAGAAGAGGAUUAUUCAGAUGAUGGGUCUCAGAUGGGAGAGAAGAAGAGAAGACUAAACAUGGAACAAGUCAAGACACUGGAGAAGAAUUUUGAGCUAGGAAACAAACUUGAACCAGAGAGGAAAAUGCAGCUGGCUCGUGCCUUAGGUUUACAACCAAGACAGAUCGCGAUUUGGUUUCAAAACAGAAGAGCUCGUUGGAAAACAAAGCAGCUUGAGAAAGAUUAUGAUACUCUUAAACGACAGUUUGAUGCACUUAAAUCUGAAAAUGAUCUUCUUCAAACUCAUAAUCAGAAACUUCAAGCUGAGAUAAUGGGAUUAAAAAGCAGAGAACAAACAGAGUCAAUAAACCUAAACAAAGACACAGAAGGAUCUUGCAGUAACAGAAGUGAUAACAGUUCUGAAAAUCUCAGACUCGACAUCUCAACUGCACCGCCUCCAUCAAUCGAAAGCACAUUAACCGGUGGCCAACCACCGCCGCAGCCGCAGACACUCGGUAGACACUUCUUCCCACCGUCGUCGCCAGCCACCGGGACGACUACAACAAUGCAGUUCUUUCAAAACUCGUCUUCAGGACAGAGUAUGGUGAAAGAAGAGAACAGUAUCAGUAACAUGUUCUGUGCAAUGGAUGACCAUUCUGGUUUUUGGCCGUGGCUUGAUCAGCAACAGUACAACUGAAACUGGUCUACUUGUCUUUUUCUCUCUUUUUUUUUCUUCUUUUUUAUUUAAUAUAUAAAUAUUUUUUGUAUUAUGAAUUUUGAUCAGAAGAACCCAUGCAUGUUUCAUUAGCUCA